AUGGCUUCUGCCCCGCCGCCUGGCGACCCGCAGGCUGCUACCGCAGAGCCAAACCCGCUCAGUCAGGCUGCUGAAGCUAUCGCGGCAGCUGAGCAAGAAAAUGAGCUCCCCUCUCGCCGCCCUACGCGGAAUGACGCAUCUCUAUCCAGAGCUUCCACGGGCGCAUCACACCAGGCACAGGAUUCCCAUGCUGUCCCCGACGCCAUCGCUGAAGACCCGCCGCCUCCUUAUAGCGAAACGCUUGGAAACAUUGCGGAUGAUGGAGAACUAGGAACACAGGCUACCGUUGCGGAUGAUGGGCGUGUCAACAUUCGCAUCGACCAAAAGAACCGGCGUCUUUCAACAUUGCUGGUGCCGGCCUUGCGUAGUCAGCUCGACGUAGUCGCCCGCGAGCCAGCUCUUCCCGCGCCCUAUGUUCCACCCUCUCUCGGAGGCGACUCCAGAAAAGAACCGCCCCCGCCGCUCAAUAUUGUCAUACAAGUCGUGGGAUCUCGUGGAGAUGUACAACCGUUUGUUGCGUUGGGAAAGGUACUCAAGGAGACCUAUCACCACAGGAUCCGCUUGGCUACGCAUCCCACCUUCAAGAAGUUUGUUGAAGAAAAUGGCCUGGAGUUCUUCAGCAUUGGCGGUGAUCCCGCUGAGCUCAUGGCCUUUAUGGUCAAGAAUCCCGGACUUAUGCCUGGCUUUGACACGCUGAGAAACGGUGAUGUCGGGAAGCGCCGUAAAGGCAUUGCCGAGAUCAUCGACGGGUGCUGGAGAUCAUGCAUUGAAUCUGAAGAUGGUUUCGGCGUCGAUUCAGAGCAGCGCACCGAGGCUUGGGUAAACAGCGCCAACCACAAUCCGGAGAUGCCAGCCAACACCACCGGAAGACCAUUCGUUGCCGACGCUAUUAUUGCCAAUCCCCCCAGCUUCGCUCACGUCCACUGUGCUGAGAAGCUCGGCAUACCAUUGCACAUGAUGUUCACCAUGCCCUGGUCCCCUACGCAGGCAUUCCCUCACCCGCUUGCCAACAUCAUGUCAACCAAUGCUGAUGCUUCACUCACGAACUACCUAUCCUACGCACUUGUCGACAUGUUGACAUGGCAGGGUCUUGGUGACAUUAUCAAUCGAUUCAGGCAGCGCACGCUCCAUUUGGAACCUGUCAGCUCGCUUGCAGCUCCAGGCAUGCUUCACCGCAUGCGUAUCCCAUACACUUAUUGUUGGUCUCCUGCUCUGAUCCCGAAGCCCCAAGACUGGGCCAACUUUAUCUCGAUAUCGGGGUUCUAUUUUCUAUCACUGGCAUCAAACUAUACUCCUGACCCGGAGCUGGCCGCUUUCCUCGAAGCCGGUCCACCACCAGUCUAUAUUGGCUUUGGCAGUAUCGUGGUCGAUGAUCCAAACGGUAUGACAAGGUUGAUCUUUGAUGCUGUCAAGAAAUCCGGUGUGAGAGCACUCGUCAGUAAGGGUUGGGGAGGCUUCGGCGCUGAUGAGCUUGGCAUCCCCGAGGGAGUAUUCAUGCUGGGCAACGUACCCCAUGAUUGGCUCUUCAAGCAUGUGUCCUGUGUUGUUCACCACGGUGGCGCUGGAACAACAUCUGCAGGCAUUGCUUGCGGUAAGCCGACAGUCGUGGUGCCCUUUUUCGGAGACCAGCCGUUUUGGGGCGCCAUGGUAGCAAGAGCGGGAGCUGGACCCGAACCUAUCCCUUACAAGCAACUCACUUCAGACAAGCUUGCGGAGGCCAUUCAGUUCUGUCUCAAACCCACUUCUCAGGAGCGGGCGCAGGAGUUGGCCGCUAAAAUCAGCCAAGAGAAGGGGUGUGAUGUUGGCGCUCAGAGUUUUCAUCAACAGUUGAGGGUGGACGAACUGCGGUGUUCAAUCCUGCCUAACAGAGCCGCCGUCUGGAGGGUGAAAAGAACAAGAAUCCUUCUCAGUGCUCUGGCGGCGGUUGUCCUUGCGAACGAAGGAUUAUUGAGUUUCUCUGAUCUCAAACUGCACCGACCACCUGAGACUGAGCACACCUCGUUUUCUGUUGAAAGUGCGCUACAAUCUGGUAAGGGCGUGAGUAGAAUCGUUGGCGCAGGCAUGAAAGUUCCUAUGGAUGUCAUGCUGGGCCUCCAGAGAGGCUUUCACAACACGUCCAAGCUAUACGGAGAGGAGCCAAGGCAAGUCGAAAAGGUGACUGGCUUCUCGAGCGGUCUCAAAGUUGCUGGGAAGGAGUUCGGCACCGGCCUUUAUGAAGGUAUCUCUGGACUCAUCACCCAACCCUUAAAAGGAGCCAAGGAGGACGGCGCUGGUGGGUUCAUCAAGGGUGUCGGAAAAGGCAUAGCUGGAAUUGCUCUCAAGCCCCAGGCUGCUGCGUUUGCUAUUCCUGCAUAUACGAUGAAAGGCAUUUACAUGGGUAUCCGCAAGCCUUUCGGUGCCACCAUUCAGAACUACAUUAUUGCCGCUCGCACUGCUCAAGGCUGGGAAGAGUACAACAAGUCCACGUCGGAAGAGCGCGCUAUUAUAGUUGAGCUGUAUCAGUUCAUCGCUUCUCAUGUGAAAAAGAAGAGGAAUCCUGGCGAGAAGGAGAUGGAAGCGAUCCAGGCGCUGGUGGCCAAGCGUAGAGCCAAGGCCGAAGAGCAGCGUAAAAGCCUGCAGACCUUCCUAGGAUGGCGGUCGGCCGGCGAGGGCUCGAGCGGAGCAGCGUCUGCACAUCCCACAUCGGGUCCUGCAGUUCCCCCUGCAGUCCAGCGGACCCAGAACACAUACGCUCCCCAAAACAGUGCAGUCGGACAGUCUUCUUCCUCACAAUCCCCGGCCCCUUCGCAAUGGGAAGCCGAGUACGACGCCGCCACCCUCCAAAAAGCGGAGAACGACGACCUCGAGGAGGCCAUCCGCCUCUCACUCACCGAAGUGUCGCGCGGCAACCCGGAAGAGGACGCGCUCAUCGAGCGCGCGAUGCGCAAUAGCAUUAAGGAGAUGGAGGCAUCUAACCCACACAUCCACGAGCAGUUCAGCGCCGAGGAGGAAGCGGAGAUCCUGCAGCGCGUUUUAGAGCAGAGCAGGCUCGAAGCCGCCGAGCAGCUUGAGCGGGGACGUGCGGAUGGUGGUACGGGCGAUGAUGAGUUGGAAGAAGCGCUAAAGAGGAGUCGCUUGGAUUCUGACAUGAAGGCACGUCGGCAUCACGUCAAUACGGACAGCGAGUGGGACACGGAUAGCAGCCCGGCUAGCCCGCCGACUGUCGGCGAGGUGGAUACUGGAACGCUGGCGAGUCACAGGAGCACGGUUUUGGGCGAGCUGGAGAGUGUGGGUACGGAGCGGGGAGGCGGGACUGUGGCACAGGGGGCCAUGGUGUCGAAUCCGCCCAUUGCAACUGGGAGGCAGGAGCAAGGGGUGAUGGACGCGCAGGAGGAAGAGGAUGAAGAGCUAAGGAAGGCGGUGGAGGCGAGCGAGAGGGAGCGGAGGGAGCGGGAAGACGCCGAAGAGAAGGCAAGGAGGGAGGAAGAGAUUGUGUUGGAAUACGUUAAGAAACAGAGUUUGGAGGAGGAGGCACAUAGGAAAAGGAUGCUUGGUGGUGGUAAUGCUUAG